GCCGGGCCGAGCUGCGCGGCCUGAAGCGCCCGCGAUGGCGAGCCCGCCGGAGCACGGGCCCCCCGGGCCGGCGGGCGGGGACGGCCCCAACCUCAAUAACAACAACAACAACAACAACCACAGCGUGCGCAAGUGCGGCUACCUGCGCAAGCAGAAGCACGGCCACAAGCGCUUCUUCGUGCUGCGCGGGCCCGGCGCGGGCGGCGACGAGGCGGGCGCGGGCGGGGGCCCGGCGCCGCAGCCGCCGCGGCUCGAGUACUACGAGAGCGAGAAGAAGUGGCGGAGCAAGGCGGGCGCCCCGAAGCGGGUCAUCGCGCUCGACUGCUGCCUGAACAUCAACAAGCGCGCCGACGCCAAGCACAAGUACCUGAUCGCCCUCUACACCAAGGACGAGUACUUCGCCGUGGCAGCCGAGAACGAGCAGGAGCAGGAGGGCUGGUACCGCGCGCUCACCGACCUGGUCAGCGAGGGCCGCGCGGGCGCCGGCGACGCGCCCCCCGCCGCCGCCGCCGCCACCUCCGGGUCCUGCAGCGCCUCCCUGCCCGGCGCCCUGGGCGGCUCGGCGGGCGCCGCCGCGGCCGAUGACAGCUACGGGCUGGUGGCGCCCGCCACGGCCGCCUACCGCGAGGUGUGGCAGGUAAACCUGAAGCCCAAGGGCCUGGGCCAGAGCAAGAACCUGACGGGCGUGUACCGCCUGUGCCUGUCGGCGCGCACCAUCGGCUUCGUGAAGCUCAACUGCGAGCAGCCGUCGGUGACGCUGCAGCUCAUGAGCAUCCGCCGCUGCGGCCACUCGGACAGCUUCUUCUUCAUCGAGGUGGGCCGCUCGGCCGUGACGGGCCCCGGCGAGCUGUGGAUGCAGGCGGACGACUCGGUGGUGGCGCAGAACAUCCACGAGACCAUCCUGGAGGCCAUGAAGGCGCUCAAGGAGCUCUUCGAGUUCCGGCCGCGCAGCAAGAGCCAGUCGUCCGGCUCGUCGGCCACGCACCCCAUCAGCGUGCCUGGCGCGCGCCGCCACCACCACUUGGUCAACCUGCCCCCGAGCCAGACGGGACUGGUGCGCCGCUCGCGCACCGACAGCCUGGCCGCCACCCCGCCCGCCGCCAAGUGCAGCGCGUGCCGGGUGCGCACAGCCAGCGAGGGCGACGGCGGCGCCGCGGCGGGGGCGGGGGCGGGGGCCGGGGCGGCGGCGGGCAGCCCCCUGAGCCCGGGCCCGGUGCGCGCGCCCCUGAGCCGCUCGCACACGCUGAGCGGCGGCCGCGCGGGCAAGGCGGCGCUGGCGCCGGCAGGGGGCGGCCUGCAGCACAGCCGCUCCAUGUCCAUGCCGGUGGCGCACUCGCCCCCGGCGGCCACCAGCCCCGGCAGCCUGUCGUCCAGCAGCGGGCACGGCUCGGGCUCCUACCCGCCGCCCCCCGGCCCGCACCCGCACCUGCAGCACCCCCUGCACCCCCAGCGCCCCUCCAGCGGCAGCGCCUCGGCCUCGGGCUCCCCCAGCGACCCCGGCUUCAUGUCCUUGGACGAGUAUGGCUCCAGCCCCGGGGACCUGAGGGUCUACUGCGGCCACCGGAGCAACACGCCCGAGUCCAUCGCUGAGACGCCCCCGGCGCGGGACGGCAGCGCGGGCGAGCUGUACGGCUACAUGACCAUGGAGCGGCCGCUGAGCCACUGCGGCGGCCGCGCCUACCGCAGGGUCUCCGGGGACGGCGCCCCAGACUUGGACCGAGGGCUGAGAAAGCGGACUUACUCGCUGACCACGCCUGCCCGGCAGCGGCCCGCGCCCCAGCCAUCCUCCGCGUCCCUGGAUGAGUACACCUUGAUGCGGGCCACCUUCUCGGGCAGCUCCGGCCGCCUGUGCCCAUCCUGCCCCGCGUCUUCUCCCAAAGUGGCCUACCACCCGUACCCUGAGGACUACGGCGACAUCGAGAUCGGCUCGCACCGCAGCUCCAGCAGUAACCUGGGCACGGACGACGGCUACGUGCCCAUGACCCCCGGCGUGGCCCUCCUGGGGACGGGCGGCGGGAGCUGCAAGGGCGACGACUACAUGCCCAUGAGCCCCACCAGCGUGUCGGCCCCGAAGCAGAUCUUGCAGCCGCGCCCCGCACCCGCCGCCUUGCCCCCUGCGGGGGCCGCGGUGCCCACGCCCGCGUCGGCGGCCGGCAGGGCUUUCCCGGGCACUGCGGGCGGCUACAAGACCGGCUCCCCGGCCGAGAGCUCCCCCGAGGACAGCGGGUACAUGCGCAUGUGGUGUGGUUCCAAGCUGUCCGUGGAGAGCGCCGACGGCAAGCUGCUGCCCAACGGGGACUACCUCAACAUGUCCCCCAGCGACGCGGGCACCACGGGCACCCCGCCCGACUUCUUCUCGGCCGCGGGGGAGACGCUGCGGGGCAUGCCCGGCUACUGCUACAGCUCUCUGCCCCGCUCCUACAAGGCCCCCCACGCCUGCCACGGCGACAGCGACCAGUACGUGCUCAUGAGCUCGCCUGUGGGCCGGGUCCUGGAGGAGGAGCAGCUGGAGCCGGCCCCCGGCCCCGCGCAGCCGGCCAGUGCCUUCCCGGCCGCGGCGGCUGGCAGCGGCCACCCCCAGCCACCUCAUCCCGCCGUGCCUUCUCCCGGGAGGCCCGGCGGUGGCGGAGGCAGCCGCCCCGACGGCUUCCUGGCCCAGCGCUGCCGGGCAGUGAGACCCACGCGCCUGUCCCUGGAGGGGCUGCCGGCCCUGCCCCGCAUGCACGAGUACCCGCUGCCCCCCGAGCCCAGGAGCCCAGGCGAGUACAUCAACAUCGACUUCGGGGAGGCCGGCGCGCGCCCACUCCUGGCCUCGGCCGCCUCGUCGUCCUCGCUGUUGUCCGCCAGCAGCCCGGCGUCGUCCCUGGGCUCCGGCACCCCAGGCACGAGCGGGGACAGCCGGCAGCGCUCCCCGCUCUCUGACUACAUGAACCUCGACUUCAGCUCGCCCAAGUCGCCGCAGCCGGGCGCCCGGGGCCGGGACCCCGUAGGCUCCUUGGACGCCCUGUUGUCCCCCGAGGCCUCCGUGUACCCGCCGCUGCCCCCGCGCCCGGCCGCCCCCUCCUCGGCCCUGCAGCCGCCGCCACCGCCGCCCCCGCCAGGCGAGCUGUACCGCCUGCCUGCGGCACCCGCCUCCAAGGGCCCGGGCGCGGCCUCCUCCUUGUCCUCGGACACGGGGGACAACGGUGACUACACCGAGAUGGCCUUCGGCGUGGCCGCCACCCCGCCACAACCAAUUGUGGCGCCCCCAAAGCCCGACGGUGCCCGCGUGAGCAGCCCGGUGUCAGGCCUCAAGAGGCUGAGCCUCAUGGAUCAGGUGUCGGGAGUCGAGGCCUUCCUGCAGGCUGGCCAGCCCCCAGACCCGCACCGGGGGGCCAAGGUCAUCCGCGCGGACCCGCAGGGGGGCCGCCGCCGCCACAGCUCCGAGACCUUCUCCUCGACCACCACUGUGACCCCCGUGUCCCCGUCCUUCGCUCACACCCCCAAGCGUCACAACUCGGCCUCGGUGGAGAACGUCUCUCUCAGAAAAGGCAGCGAAGGAGGCGGCGGCGGGGGCAGCAGCGGCAUCCUGGGUGGGUGCGAUGAGCUCCCCUCGUCGCCCCGCCAGUUGCCCCCGCCGACACCUCAGCAGGCGCGGGCCUGGACGCCGGCUCAGCCCGGCGGCGGCCUGGUCGGCUGUCCCGGGGGCACCAGCUCGCCGAUGCGCCGGGAGACCUCCACCGGCUUCCAGAACGGCCUCAACUACAUCGCCAUCGAUGUGAGGGACGAGCCGGGGCUGUCGCCGCCCCUGCAGCAGCACCCGCACGCGCAGACGGGCGACAGGAGCGCCUGGGGCCGCACCCGGAGCCUCGGGGGUCUCAUCAGCGCCGUGGGCGCCGGCAGCCCUGCCGCGGUGUGCGGAGGGCCGGGCCCUGGCGCCCUGCCCGCGGCCAACGCCUACGCCAGCAUCGACUUCUUGACGCAUCACCUGAAGGAGGCCACGGUGGUGAAAGAGUGAAGACCUGUCCAGCUUCAUUCCCGUGACGACACGCAUCACAGAAAACCAUGGGAGGAAGAUGCUCAGCAUUUUUUUUUAAAACACAUCGGAAGCUGCUUGCCAUUUCCUUUUGGAUCUGAGCGAUCGUCGAGUGUGGACGCGCCUGUGACCCAGUUAGAUGUGGACGCGCCCGUCUCCCCCCGUCUCCGGGGGCUGGGGGUGCAGUCUGCCUCCUCUCGUUUGGUUUUCGACGACGUGAGCGGAAGGAGCGACUCACGAGAAGGUCGGACAGUCUUGGUUGUGGCCUGUUUCUCCUCGCCCUCGUUUUGACGCAGCAGAUGUAUCCCGCAGCAUGCUAGGAGAUUCUCCCAGCUCACGUUCAAGUGGUAAAAUCUGGUGUUUACGGACAUCCGCUCAAAACUACCACCGUCCUACCUCAGUCCCAGGUGAAGCUGGGUCGGCAUGGUUGGUGGGGGGGGGGAGUCCCCCUCUGCUGGCUGAGUCUCCAGUGCGGUCAUCUGCCUUAUCCCCCAGCCCCGGACACAGCUGCUCAUCGAAGUCCAGCCCAGGGACCCAUGUGUUUACUCCCACACAGAGCCCCGCGUGGGACUGACAUCUCUCCACGGAGAUGCAACUUCAGAUUGGACUCCGAAGAAUGGAUGGAUAAAUAAUAAUUAUUAUAUGUAACGGAAGCAAGCUACUUUUGCAAAUCAUCAA